ACGUAGUUGCCAGGUUCAUUGAUGAUAACAAAGUCGGUCCAGGUUCAAUGUAUUAUAAAUCAUUGGAGUCAAAAUAAAAUAGAGCUACCUAGCACAGGCAUAAGUCACCAAUUUUACCCCAUGGGAGAAGUAGCAAUAGACCCAGUUUUUAUCCAAGAUCUUGAACAUAGGCCUAAAAUCAUAAGAACUGAAGUUGAAGGCAUCCCAUUAAUUGAUCUUUCUGUUCUCAACUCUCCAGACAGCUCUGUUUCUGAUGAUAAUUUAGCUCGCCUGGUUUCUGAGAUAGCUGAUGCAUCCCAAAAAUGGGGUUUCUUCCAAGUUAUCAAUCAUGGGGUUCAAUCUGAAUAUCGCGAAAAAUUCUUUUUGGCAUCAAGAAAAUUCUUUGCCUUGCCUAAAGAGGAGAAGCUCAAGGUUAAGAGAGAUGAAGUGAAUCCCUUUGGAUAUUAUGAUACAGAGCUUACUAAGAAUGUUAGAGACUGGAAAGAGGUCUUUGAUAUCAGUGUGGAUGAUCCCACUUUUGUUCCUGCUUCCCAUCAACCUGAUGAUAAGGAGCUCAGGCAAUUGACUAAUCAAUGGCCUCAAAAUUUUCCAGAACUAAGGGAGGCAUAUGAAUUAUAUGCUGAAGAAAUACUGAAACUGGCAUUCAAGUUAUUGGAGCUAAUAGCUCUGAGUUUGGGGCUGCCAAAGACUAGGUUGAAUGGCUUCUUUAAGGAUCACACCAGCAGAAUUAGGCUCAAUCACUAUCCACCCUGUCCCACCCCAGACUUAGCACUAGGUGUUGGUAGGCACAAGGAUGGUGGUGCCUUGACAAUUCUGGCUCAAGAUGAUGUUGGGGGACUUGAAGUCAGGAGGAAAACGGAUGGAGAAUGGAUUCUUGUCAAACCAACUCCCGAUGCCUAUAUCAUCAACGUCGGCGACAUUGUCCAGGUAUGGAGCAAUGACAAAUAUGAGAGUGUAGAGCACAGGGUGAUGGUGAAUUCUGAGAAGGAAAGGUUUUCGAUUCCACUUUUCUUCAAUCCAGCAUAUUAUACUUGGGUUGAACCUCUGGAGGAGCUGAUCAAUGGGCAAAAUCCUCCCCCCAAGUAUAAGGCGUAUAACUGGGGGAAGUUCUUCUCAUCCAGAAGGCGCAGUAAUUUCAAGAAACUUGAAGUCGAGAAUCUGCAAAUUUAUCAUUUCAGGAUUUAACUGAUGAUGCUGGAAGUUGCUUUACCUUUGCAAGUAUAUGUUGCUUUCAGCUUUUGGGCUUGCCCCUGGAAGGUUGUAAGUAAAUGAGGAAAAAUGUAAUAAGAACAGAACAAAGGAUCAUAGCUAGCUUUGCUAUGCUAUGAUAUUUGAAGGGCCCUGUUCUAUUAA